UACAGUUCUCUGUAUUUAAAUCAAUCAGUUAUUUUACCAUCAACUAGAUUCCGCACCUACAGAUAUUGGGAAACCUAUUGGGUCAUUCUGGGCCUGUUGUUAUGUCAAAUGGAACAAACUGCUAGGGACAUGUUGGAAAAUUUUGUAGAUCUUAUCGAUAAACACGGAUUAGUUCCUCUCUCAGGUCGUAUUUAUAUGUUAGGAAGAUCACAAUCCCCUCUUUUUAUACCAAUGGUAUAUGAGUAUUAUAAAGUUACUAAAGAUUUGGAAUUCGUACGUAAGAAUAUGCCCAUAAUGGCUAAAGAAAUUGAAUAUUGGGUAAACACACAUUCGAAAUUUAUUCCAGAAUUUAACCGCAGAUUUUAUUUUUAUAUUUGUGACCAAAAUGAACAAGGUCCUCGACUUGAAAAAUAUAAAUUUGACAUCAAUAUGGCGAAAAAAUUAAAAACUAAAAAAGAAAAAGAAAAUUUUUAUUGCAAUCUUAAAGCUGCGUCUGAAUCUGUAUGGGACCUUUCAAGUAGAUGGAUCAUUGGAGAAAAUGGCACCAACAUUGGAAACAUAACUGAUAUAAAUAUUCUAAAUAUUUUACCAGUUGACCUAAAUGCAAUUAUUUGUGGAAAUUAUAGGAUUAUGGCUGAACUUUAUGCACUUCUUGGAAAUAAUAAGUCAGCAAUAAGUUCAUUUACUGAAUUCACAGCUAUGGUAUCUGCCAUUGAGCAUCUGUGGCAUCCUGAUCUUGGAAUUUGGUUAGAUUACGAUAUAAUUAACGACAAACGACGAAACUAUUUUUACUUGUCAAAUUUAGCCCCACUUUGGACAAGAUGUUAUGAACAGGAGAAUAUGGAACUAAAUAUUAUGUCUAUAAUAGUCUAUUUGAAAAAUAAUAACAUAACUUAUUAUCCUGGUGGCCUACCCGCAAGUAUGACAAGAAGUGGUGAAAAAUAUGAUCUUCCUUACUCCUGGCCACAUUUCUUACAUUUAAUAAUCAAUGGAUUGAACAAUACUCAAAUUCCUAUAGCUAAACAUUUAGCUUAUUCCAUAGCUCGUCAAUGGAUAAAAGCUGUUCACAAAAGCUACAAAACGGAUAAAACAAUACAUAGUAGUUACGAUGCAAGUAAGUUGGGUCAGAGUGCAUCUAACUUGCAAACUUCAUCCAAAGCUGUAUAUGGGUGGACAAACGGAGCUUUUCUAGACAUACUUUAUAGAUAUAAUAAUUUGCUUAACCAUUCCAAUAUAAUUAAAAAUAUCGCAGUUUUUAUGUUACUACCAAUAAUAAUUACUCAUAUUUAUUAGUAUACCUAUGUCAGUAAUACGAACUAUAUUACAGACGAUAUAUAUAACGUAGACAUAUUCUUUAUCCACAAAUCCGUUGUACUAAAAUAUUACAUUUUAC